CGUGGUCCCAGGUGAAGCUCCGCCCCUUCGCCGGGCCCCGCUUUUCCUGAAGACCCUAGUAUGGCGGCCAAUAAUUAUUACGGGUACUCGAAUCAAGGAGCCGGUGGGCAACACAGUUAUCCUGUUCAGCAGACACCGACUUCAGCCCCGCCAGUACCCUCACCAUAUGGUAUCCCGAACCCAGAUAACCACCCAGUGGGGUCAGCAGGAUAUCCCAGCUACUCUGGAGGGGACUAUGGCUAUGGAAGUAGGCAACAGGAAUCUCCAGCACACCCAGAAAACAAACCCCGCUAUCAGGAUAAUUACAACUAUGGGCGUUCAUCAGCAUCAAGCAGCUAUGAGAGCAAAUCAUUCAUGCAACCAUCCGGUGCUCAGACCCAUCUUCCUGCAAUUGGCACUUAUCGGGAUAUCAAACGUGAGGAACAAUCACACGGACCUUGGAAUGUGCCUGCUGUAAACAGUGGUUCCAGAUAUUCUUCAUAUGAAUCCUAUUCCGAAUCACCUUCGUGUUACCACCCACAUCAGAAGACAUCCUUUGGCUCUGAAGGGUCUAGUGCCAAUGGGUCUAGUAACAGUUACCCUAAGAAAUUUCACUACCCUAACAAGCGAUUGAAACCAAAGACCACACCGAAGCCAUCACAGCUUCAUUACUGUGACAUCUGCAAGAUCAGCUGUGCAGGCUCUCAGACAUACAAAGAACAUCUAGAGGGGCAAAAGCACAAAAAGAAAGAAGCUAUGCUAAAAUCGGGAGUGCCCGCACAGCAGAAUGUGAGAGGCUCUCACCCACAGCUGCACUGUGAGCUUUGUGAUGUAUCCUGUACAGGCGCAGAUGCAUACACUGCACACAUAAGGGGUGCCAAGCAUCAGAAGGUUGUCAAGUUGCACACUAAGCUUGGAAAACCUAUUCCCUCAGUAGAACCUGUCAAAAUCAAUUCUGCUUCCUCAUCCUGUACUACCACCCAUAAACAAUCUUCUCAACCUUCAAAAUCAGUAGUCUCUCCAUCUAGUCCAAAACCUGUCGCACUUAAAUCAACCACCUCCAGUGCUCCACCCACUGGGGGACCCCCGCUGUUCUCUCUUACCCUGACACAGGAGGCGAUGGCUUCCCCAACCAGAAUGGAUAUACUGAAUGAACCGACAUCCCAGGACGAGUCUGGUGAUGGGAUUGAUGUGCAGCCUGUCGGACAUGACUACGUGGAAGAGAUCUGUAAUGAAGAGGGAAAAAUGAUAAGGUUCCAGUGUAGAUUGUGUGAGUGCAGCUUCAACGACCCAAACGCCAAAGACAUGCACCUGAAGGGCCGUCGUCACCGGCUGCAGUAUAAGAAGAAAGUGAAUCCACAGCUUCCAGUGGAAGUAAAGCACAGUAACAGAGCUCGGAAGCUUCAAGAGGAGAAACGAAAACGGCAGCUGAUGCAGAGAGAGGACUUGAAAAGGCACCUGGAGAGACAACAUCGCUGGCGUGUGGAGAGGAGGAGGUAUGAAGAAGCAAUAUACUGGAGACGGAUUGAAGAGGAACAUCUCUUUUGGGGGCCUCAAUACAGAAGGCCAAUGAUUCCCGAGUGGCAUCCACCCCCGCUUAUGGGCCGAAGUAGCUUCCCAGUGCCACCCCUCAUGGCUCCCCCCCCACAUCUUCCACAGCCUCGACUGGAGUCCUUUGAUGACUAUUACAUUAUGCUUAAGCACACGAACAUCUAUCCUACUGAGCAGGAGUUGCACACUGUGCAGAAGGCAGUAUCCCUAUCGGAGCGAGCACUUAAACUGGUGUCUGACCAAUUACAGGAUGAAAAAGAGAAGGAAAAUGAAAACAAGGAGAAGCAGGGAGUCCCAAGGCUACUGAGAGGUGUUAUGCGUGUUGGAAUCCUGGCAAAAGGCCUUAUACUGCAGGGGGAUCGGGAUCUGCACCUGACCUUGUUGUGUUCUGACAAACCAAGACGCAGCCUGCUGCAGAGGGUAGCUGAACUACUGCCAGAACAGCUAGCGACUUUGACAAAGGAUGGUCAUGAAGUGACACAUGACUUGGAUGAGGCCCAGCUGAUCAUUGCUUUCUGUGAGAAACCCAAGAUUCAGAUUACAGUGUCCAUAACCUGCCCACACUUAAAGGGAGUGAAUGGAGAAAACGAUGCACUGACCUCUGACUCUGAGGACCUUCUUAACAAGGAGAAGUGUGUCAAGUCUCUCACCUGCCUACGACAAGUCAAAUGGUUUCAGGCUCAUGUCAAUCGUCUGCAGUCCUGCAUUGUUGUUAUUCGCAUUUUCCGUGACCUCUGUCGACGGGUGCCAACAUGGGGGGCUUUACCAGAUUGGGCUUUGGAGCUCCUUAUAGAGAAAUCAUUGAGUAGUGUGUCAACUGCACUGUCACCUGGAGAUGCCACACGCCGAGUACUGGAAUGUGUAGCCUCAGGAGUACUCUUACCAGAUGGCCCUGGGCUUCAAGAUCCCUGUGAAAAUGAGACACAGGAUGCCUUAGAACCCAUGACCAGACAGCAGCGAGAAGACAUCACUGCCAGUGCACAGCAUGCACUAAGGAUGAUGGCCUUCAGGCAGAUCCACAAGGUGCUGGGCAUGGAACUUUUGCCACCACAGAAAAACAGACUCAACAGGAAACGGCAGCGAGAGGGGACAGAUACCUUGACCAGAAAAGAUGGAAAGAAGGACAGAAGAGAGAAUGUACAAAAUGCGGACUAGGACUUAUAUUUGUAGUUGUUGUGCAUACUAGACUGGAUUCCCCUUCUCUGCUUCUCAACAGACUGAAUUUUUUCUGACCUGGGGAUACAGAAUAGUUGUAAAUGAGGUGAAAGUGAGCGGUUUGUAUAGUGAGUGGGAGAGAAAAGAAAGGAUGGAUUGGAUUAAGAUGAUGAAUGGGAGGAGAGAGGUAAUACGUUUUUAGAUUUUAAAAAAAAAACACAAAGAGAAAAUGUUUAGAGAAACUAAUUACCUUCCUGCUCUCUUGUUGACACAACUUUUUUUUUUUUUUUUUGACCAUUACAUGAACACAUCCCUGUGGGUACAUAAAUAAAGUUGCUUGCAUACACAAACUAUACCAAGCAGCACUGGGAGAAUUACAGAUGUGUGUUUAUAGACCCAAACUGGAAAAACAUUGUAUAGACCAUCAGUUUGUUUUUUUCUCACCCCCAAACUUGUCAUAAUGCCCCACACACAGUACGUUUGGCUCUAUUUACCAAAUUCUUAUCCAUUUUCUAAUGACAAUACAUGCACAUGUUAAUGGAACAUGCAAUGGCAUAAAAAGACAGUAUGUAAUACAAACCUUAAAGGGACACUGACCACAAUUUCUCCAACAUAGGUGUGUCCGGUCCACGGCGUCAUCCUUACUUGUGGGAUAUU